AUGGGUUCUGUAUCGACACCACUACGAAUCUCACGCAAACUGCAAAAUGCCGGGCUGUUUGUCACCGAGGGUCUGAUAUCUGGUCAAUGGAGACCAGGCAAGUCGGGAGAGACCUUUUCGGUGAUCGAGCCGAGCUCUGGCGAAGAACUUUCUCGCUGCGCCAAUCUGGCCUUGCUCGAUUUCAAGGAAGCAAUAGACAGCGCGCACACCGGCUAUCAAAAUUUCUAUACAUCAACUACUGCCAAAGAGAGGGGAACAAUACUUCGCGGUUGGAACGAGCUUAUCAUAAAGAACGCCGACGACCUUGCUACCAUCCUCUCACUUGAGAACGGAAAGACCCUAGCUGAGGCGAAAGGGGAAGUUCUGUACGCUGCAUCAUUCGUCGCUUGGUUCGCAGAAGAAGCCGCCAGAUCGUAUGGCGACACCAUACCUUCGUCGUACAAUAACACUGUGGUAUUGACGUUGAAAGAGCCUGUAGGCGUCUGCGGGAUCAUCACUCCAUGGAAUUUCCCAGCUGCAAUGAUCACUCGCAAAAUUGCGCCUGCUCUCGCAGCUGGUUGUUCCGUCGUCAUCAAGCCUCCCAGUGAGACUCCUUUCAGUGCCCUGGCGCUGGCUAAGCUCGCACUGGAAGCUGGCGUGCCCGGGUCUUGCUUACAUGUGGUACCCACGAAAGAUCGUGAGGCUUCUCUGGAGCUCGCCGUUAGCCCCAAAGUCAUGAAGCUGAGUUUCACGGCUCUACCAAUCAUGGAGCUGGGCGGCAACGCCCCCGUCAUUGUUUUUAAGAACGCAGACCUAGACCUCGCGGUCGAUGGCGCGAUGAUCUCAAAAUUCAGAGCAACUGGACAGACUUGUGUGUGUGCCAAUCGACUCUAUGUCCAUUCAUCAAUUGUUGAUGAGUUCACUACUCGUCUCGUCGAUCGCGUCAAGGCACUGAAACUAGGCCGCGGAAUCGAUGAAGGCACCACUCAGGGACCGCUCGUCAACGCGGCCGCCGUUGCAAAAGUCGACGAGCAUGUCCGCGAUGCCACUGACAAGGGCGCGAAAAUUCUUGUCGGCGGAAAGUCGCCAUCCCACUUGAACGGAUUCUUUUACGAGCCAACAGUCAUCGUCGGCGCGACGAGCGACAUGAAGGUGGCGCGCGAAGAAACCUUUGGCCCGCUUGCAGCGAUUUUCCCCUUUGAAAGCGAGGAUGAAGUGAUCGGGCUUGCCAAUGAUACUGAAUUUGGCCUCGCUGGCUACUUCUUCAGUAAAGAUAUCGGUCAGGUGAUGCGAGUCGCCCAGGCUAUGCAGUGUGGCAUGGUUGGUGUUAAUACCGGCUUGAUCAGUGCAGCAGAGUCACCUUUCGGAGGUAUCAAGGAGAGCGGAGUCGGCCGUGAGGGCAGCAAGUAUGGUUUAGCGGAGUUUCAGAAUAUCAAGUCCAUAACAAUCGGGAACCUUGAUAAAUAG